AUGAGAGCGAGUGUCUUUUUAUUAUUAUUAUUAUUAUUAUUAUUAUUAUUAUUAUUAUUAUUAUUAUUAUUAUUAUUAUUAUUAUUAUUAUUAUUAUUAUUAUUAUUAUUAUUAUUAUUAUUAUUAUUAUUCGUUCACAUUAUUAAUAAUGAGUGUGUUCGUACACAAUUUGAGAAUGAUAAUAAAAAUAAUAAAAAUAAAAACAAUAAAAAUAAUGUGUUUUUGAUUAGUGUGGAGGUAUUUCACAACAUUAAUUUCAUAGAAACACAAACUAAAUGA